AUGCCAUGUGCCCAGAGGAGCUGGCUUGCAAACCUGUCCGUGGUGGCUCAGCUCCUUAACUUUGGGGCGCUUUGCUAUGGGAGACAACCUCAGCCGGGCCCGGUUCGUUUCCCAGACCCGAGGCAAGAACAUUUUAUCAAGACCCUGCCAGAAUACCAGGUGGUGGGUCCUGUCCAAGUAGAUGCGAGUGGGCAUUUCCUGUCAUAUAGCUUGCACCUUCCUGUCCCCAGCAGCAGGAGGAAGAGAGACUUGGGUUCCUCAGAGGACUGGGUCUACUACCAAAUUUCACACGAGGAGAAGGACCUGUUCUUCAACCUGACAGUCAAUCAGAGAUUUCUUUCCAAUAGCUACAUCGUGGAGAAGAGAUAUGGGAACCUCUCCCACGUUAAAAUGUUGGCCUCCUCGGGGCCUCCCUGCCACCUCAGGGGCACAGUUCUGCAGCAGGGAACCACAGUUGGGACUGCAGCCCUCAGCGCCUGCCAUGGACUGACUGGAUUUUUCCAUCUACCACAUGGAGACUUUUUCAUUGAGCCUGUUAAAAAGCAUCCAGUGGCUGAGGGUGCCUACCCACACAUCGUUUACCGGAGGCAGAGAGUUCAAGAGACAAAGGAGCCAGCCUGCGGAUUAAAGGGUAUUGUGACUUAA